UAAAGGACUAAAAAUAAUAUUAUUAAAUAAGGGCUCCAGCGGAACUAGAGGAUAGAAAUAAUCCAGAUUGGAGUCCUAGCCAAAAUAUGGGAUACACUUCGAUUAAAACAAGAGGCAAGCAAGCCAUUGAGAGGCAUAUUAGAACUGCGAAACGAUCAAAACGUCUAGAACAAGAUAACUUGGAUAUUGUCGAAGUAGGGCCAUCAAAAGAUUUUACAGUAGAAGCUUCGACAGAGCUGGAAUACACUAAAGAGGGAAAUAGGAGUGUUGAAGUGCAAACCGAUAUGAGCGUGGAUGACAUUACCAAAUUAUUAACUGAUGCAAAUUUUACCACUGAAAGAAUUCAGUUGUUGCAGAAAGAAUUAAAUAUAUUGGACAUCUCAGAAGAAUUCUUUGUAAAUAAUGACGAUAAAACAUUUUAUUUUACAGGAUUUCCAAAAACAGAAAUGAUGAUGAUAAUUUUUAAAAAUAUAUCCAAUUUUUUAUUAGUGAAAAGCGUUUUAAGUCCAUUUAAGCAAUUCUUGUUAACUCUAAUGAAGUUACGUAUCAACUUACCUUUUAAAUAUUUGUCUUAUAAAUUUGGUAUUGCUCCGUCUACUGCAUCAGAUAUAUUUUAUAAAUGUGUAGAUGUAAUGUACGCUAGAUAUAAGGGGCUUGUAGUUUGGCCCGAUAGAGAAACACUUAGAAAAAAUAUACCGGAAUGUUUUAAAGAAAAUUUUGGAAAUCGUGUAACGGUUAUAAUAGAUUGUUUUGAAAUUUUUUGUGAGACCCCAUUAGGUUUACUAAACGCAGCACGGUAUUGGUCAAAUUAUAAACAUCACCAUAGAAUUAAAGUUUUAAUUGGUAUAACUCCACAGGGCACAAUUUCUUUCAUUUCUGAAGCCUGGACUGGUAGGAGCAGUGAUAAAUAUUUAACAGAAAAUUGUGGCUUUUUAAACAAAAUUUUGCCAGGAGAUAUUAUUUUAGCAGAUAGAGGCUUUUUAAUACAAGACUCUGUUGAAACUUUAGGAGGUCAUUUAGAAAUUCCAGCUUUUACGAAAGUUGAUGAAACCCUGUCCGAAACAAGUCCUUGCCAAAUUGGACAAAAUACAAUACCAAGCACUAUCGUGACAGGAUGCAUGAGGAUCACCCCAACCAACGUACUAUCAGCAGAGUGUGCUGAAAUGGCACUGGAGUACAGGAGGAAGUGGCUAGCAAAACUGGACAGCUACUGUCAAUCCAAACGAGGUUACCGGACACGGAGGAAGGUGCCAUACAUUAUUGAAGUGCUAAAAGAAGUAGAUCAACAUGCGUACAACAAACAUGCGGGAAAAAUCCUACCAUUUUUCGAAAUAGAACACACAUAUCAGAUAACACCAAUUGAAGUUGCUGACAUCAACAACGACAGAGCGCAAAUAAACAGCAACAAAGAAUUCCUAAGUAUAUUUGGACCAAGGUUCGGACAGCAUACCUGGAUCUUCACCGAUGGUUCCCUGGACAAAAAUCAAGGAAACGUGGGACUAGGAGUGUUCAUCCCAAGCAUCAACUACAAAUUCUCACCAAGACUUCCUCAACUCACACAAAUAUGCACUGCAGAAGUUAUAGCCAUAAACAAAGCCAUUACCAUAUGCCUAGAGAGGUACCUGGACAAGUCAUUUCGACUGGUGCAGUAUGCCGACGAUAUAGUAAUAAUGACUAAAGGUACCUCCGCCUCCGGGACAAACCUAACAAAGGAAAUGAAUCUUGUCUUAGAGAAUGUAAACGAAUUGUUAGGUAGACACGACUUGACGUUGUUCAUCACCAAAUCUUCGGCAAUCAUGUUCAGGAAAAAAAAUCCAGGCACCCUUACCCCUCAGUAUCCAUCAACAACCAUCUGA